CAAUAUUCACUUCAGGAGACUGCCAAUCGUGUUCUCGUCCUCUUCUUCAGCAGAGCGGCUCUCGUGGCACUCGUUCCCCAGUAGCUCGCGGCCUCGGUGACUCCCUUUCUCCCUCCCUUACCCUCACUCCAUCGCCGGCGCCGCUGCCUCUCCCCGCCUCACGCCCACUCGGCUUCUUCCUCGCAGCUCUCUAGCUGUCUCAUCUCCUGUUCAAUUACCGACUCUCCACUUCUACUUUCCCUCUCCGCCCAUCGUAGUUUGACUUUCAUUCUGAGUCCGUCGUUCUCGAUCCGGUCUCCUCACUUCUCAAGACCUUAGCGUUCACUCUCCAUUCGUCUCGCUGGUCUCCCUCUCUUUGUUCAUUAACAGCAUUUCUUCCUCGGUGUCUUCUCUUUGCUCUUUGUCCGUCUCCCUCAACUCAGCAGGCGGGGCUUUCGUUGAUGGCUGAUAAUGAUAGAUAGACGGACAGAGGAUAAUUUGAAUUGAAUUGUUGGGUGUGUGACAAGUGCCCCUAUGAUUUAUUUAAGCGGCAAUUCUAUGGCAAGUGGGCAAUUCCAGAAGGUUCUGGAUAUGUUGUAGAUGAUUGUUUUGAGGGGUAUGUUAAUGUGUGGGAAAAAAGAUGAUGUGGGGAGAGGAAAUCUUGAAUACUGUCAUUUAAUUUUAAUUCAGGAGGAAGGGAGAGAGAGGAAAGGGUUCUUUGAUUGUGUAGUGAAAUGGUGACCUACCUGGUGAAAUUUCUAAGGAAACACCCGGCCUGUCAUUUUAUGUGUGUUCGAUCAAAAGUGACAUCUUCCCAGUAUGUAGCUUCUAGAGCCAGAGACCCCACGUUUGAGAAGCUGAUGGACAAGUACAAGAACCUUCUCAAAGUCAUUGCAAUUCAGGAUCUUAUCCUUGCAAACCCAAGGAAGCAGUCUGUCUCAGUUGAAUUUCUCUCCAGACUCUCCCAAAAGCUCCAUCUAAAUCGGGGUGCCAUGGCAUUUCUCUCCGCAAGUACCCCUCAUAUUUUCCACAUUUUUUAUGAACGUAAGUCCCAACCAUUUUGCAAAUUAACCGAUGCUGCUCUUGAAAUUUCCUGUCAGGAAGCAAUGGCCAUCAAUGCUUCAAUACCCAAUGUUGUUGAUAGGUUGGUCCGGAUACUGUUCAUGUCUGCAUCAAUGGUACCUCUUCGUGCUAUUUUCAAGGUUUGGCGGGAACUUGGGCUUCCUGAUGAUUUUGAGGACUCAGUAAUUUCUCAAAAUCCUUAUCUUUUCCAACUGUGCGAUGCUGAUGAACCAAAUACUCAUUUACUGAAACUGGUUGGUGCUUCCUGACAACAAUUUACAGCAGCUGUUGAGAAUUGGAGGGUUGUUGAUGCUGCAAAGAAGAUGCAAGCUUGAUCGAAUCGAAUGGAAAUGCAGUUCAGUUUGUCUGGAAUGAUGGCUUCAGAAAACGAGCUGUCCUCAAUCGUUCAUGAAUUUCAUUUGACAGUGGAGAAGAUGAUUGAAGUAGAGAAGAUGAGCCAGUUCAAGAAAAUGGUUUGGAUUGACUUGAACUAAGGGAUUUUGUUCCUGGAUCACCCGGGUAUUCUAUUGUCAACUAAGGGAAAACGGCACACUGUAUUUGAGGAAGCUUAUGAGAGAGGGUGUUUGGUUGAACCAAAUCCCAUAUAUGAGGCAAGGAGAAGGCUUCUUGAUCUUGUUGUUUUAGGGCGUAGGGGUCUACCUGCUGUUAUUCCAGUACCAGGAUCAAAGCAGUAGCAACGAAAAUGAAGAAGAAAGACAAGACUCAUAAUCACCUUGACCGGAGCUUUAAUGACACUUGAAACAAGAACCAUGUUCUAUUUGCCAUGUCACUUGACUUCCUUUCAUGUUUAUGUUCGUCCUGCUGCUGCUACAAGCUCUUGGAUGGCGAUCAAAGGGAAGACUUCUCU